AUGAAAAUUGGAACCUGGAACGUGAGAGGAACUUUUGAGGAGGGAAAAUUAAAGCAUAUUGUAAAUGAAUUAAAAAAGGGUAAUUUUGACGCAGUUGCACUACAAGAAACGAAACAAUUAGGGGAACUGGUAAUGGAAAUAGGGGGCUAUAUAUUUAUAAAUAGCGGGGGAAAGGAUAGACUACUGGGCAUAGGGUUCCUAGUAAGGAAGGAACUAAAAGAGUUAGUAGUACAGUAUAAAUUAGUUUCAAAUAGGAUAUGCCUUUUAAGGCUUAGAGAAAAGUAUCAAAAAAUAACUUUUUUGAACAUACAUGCACCACACGAAGAAGCGGAUUUAGGGAGCAAGGAAGAAUUCUAUAACGAAUUGGAUAGAUUAUACGAAGAGAUUCCAAAGUAUGAUAUGAAAAUUUUAUUGGGGGAUGCAAACGCAGAAAUAGGUAGGGAGGAAAUGUAUAAACCCACAAUAGGAGAUCAUAGCAAACACGAAGUAACCAACCAAGUUAUAAAAAGUACAUACUUCCAAAGGAAAGAAAUAUACAAGGGAACAUGGAGAUCACCGGAUGGGAAAACAAUAAAUCAGAUAGACCACAUUGCAAUAGAAAAGCCGGAGGUAAAAUGCAUUAAAAAUAUAAGGACUUAUAGAGGUUUAGACGCAGUUACGGAUCACUUCAUGGUAGGAGCAAAACUAGAUCAACAGAUACCAGAAACUAGAAACCAGAGGAGGGAAAAAAAUAAGAAAUAG